UAUAGAAUGCCGUGCCGGCAAAAGAGGUUUGCUAGACUGGCCCCUCUCUCGUCGUGUUAGACUGCCGCCCACUCACCCCCUCGUACGUGAUUUUCUCGCUCGCCCGCGGAAAGAUUGAAGCAGGAGAUAUGUCUUCCCAGCAGCCGGGAACCAAGGCCUCGCCGGCGGAGUCCGUCACCUCGUCGUCCGACCACGGCGUGCCGGACUCGAAAACGCCCGUGGUCGUCGACGACGACGACGACAAGCGGCGCCCCGUCGACGUGGCGCCGCCGACAGCUGCCGCGCUCGCGACGCAGGAGACGCAGCGCAUGGAGGCGGCGCUCGGAGACGCGAUCCUGCGCUUCUUCCGGGUCCGAAAGGGUCCCAAGGCCGACGUCUACGACCUCGAUGCGAUCGCCACGCAACCCAGCAUCUGGGACUCGGAAAACGUCGAGGAAUACAAGAGUCUCUACAUCCACCCGCAGUGGGAGAACUGGUCCGCCUUCGACCCCAGUUUCCGCUGGACGUGGAGGGAGGAGCGCGCGGUGCGACGCAAGGUCGACUGGAAAAUCAUGGUUUGGGCCUGUAUCAUGUUUGCGGCUCUCAACAUUGACAGGAACAACAUUUCCAACGCCGUGUCGGACAACAUGCUCGACGAUCUCGGCUUGACGCGGGGCGACUACAACAUCGGUCAAACCAUCUCGCGAGUCGGUUUCCUCGUCGCGGAGCUUCCGUCCCAGCUGAUCUCCAAGCGCAUCGGCCCUGAUCUGUGGAUUCCGAUCCAGAUCUGCCUCUUCUCCAUCAUCUCUGGCGCCCAGUUCUUCCUCGAGGGCCGGGCCUCAUUCCUUGCGACGAGAUACUUGAUCGCGUCGUUCCAAGGCGGCUUCAUCCCCGACACGAUCCUCUAUCUCAGCUACUGGUACACCGGUACAUCGCUUCCGAUCCGCCUCGCCUGGUUCUGGAUGUCGUCGCAGCUGGUCGAUAUCGGAGUCGGUUUCGCCGCUGUUGGACUUGUAUCAAUGCGUGGUAUCCUAGGCUACGAGGGAUGGCGGUGGUUGUUCCUCGUCGAGGGGGGCUUUACUUUCACCAUUGGAUUGGCCUCGUUUUUCCUCAUGCCUCAGUGCCCGGCCAAGACGAAGAGCUGGUGGAGGCCCAAGGGCUACUUCACCGAGAAGGAGGAGAAGAUCAUUGUCAACUCUGGUGAGUUCUUUCUAACCCUCCUAGACCCCAUGAACGAGCCCAGCGUGUUUGUCAAUUCUGACUCGACAACAAAACACUCAGUGAUCCGCGAUGACCCCCAGAAGGGAGGCAUGUACAACCGGCAAGGCCUCUCCGUCAGGCAGAUCUGGGAGUGCUCCAAGGACUACGACAUGUGGCCGCUCUACGCCCUCGGCCUGCUGUUCGGCCUGCCCAAGUACCCCGUCAACCAGUACCUGACGCUCUCGCUGCGCGACCUCAAGUUCAACGUCAUCCAGACCAACCUGCUGUCGAUCCCCAACAUCAUCGGCUCCAGCGUCACGAUGCUGCUCAUCACCGCCGCCAGCGAGCUGCUGAACAACCGCAGCUUCGUCGCCAUGGCCGAGGACGCCUGGCUGCUGCCCUGCUUCGUGGCCCUGAUAGCGCUGGCGGACCCGAUCAGCCCCUGGGCGUACUUUGCGAUCGCCACGGUCCUCCUUUCGUUUCCGUACACGCACCCGAUCCAAGUUGCGUGGACUAGCAGAAACGCUGGUUCUGUGCAAAACAGGACAGUUUCCGCCUCACUUUACAACAUGUUUGUUCAAGUCAGUGGCAUGAUCGGCGCCAACAUCUAUCAACCGGACGACGCACCAAGAUACUUCAAAGCCAACAAGGGCCUGCUGGUCAUCUGCAUCUGGAUGUGUUUCGUGCAAUACCCCUUCACGUAUUUCUACUACCGGUGGAGGAACAACUCCAAGGCCAAGCAGUGGGAUGCCAUGACGCCUGAACAGCAACACGAAUACCGGGCCAGCACCACCGACAAAGGAAACAAGAGGUAAGGCUUGCCCUUUGUCCCCUUUCGGACAGAUUGAUUUCUAAUUUCUCCUACUUGGCAGGCUUGACUUCCGCUUCGCAACCUAAGUUUUUUUGGUGAUGAGGAACGAGGUAUAGAUACAUCAUAGACUAUGUUGUUUAUAGGUCCGUGGUCUGGGCUUGUCUGAGAGAAAGCAUUGCAGAUGUCAACUUUGCGGUAUUACUUGU